AUAGUUUCCGGCAGCUGGGGAGGGCCGGAGUGUUGGGAGCAGUAGCGGUUAGGCCCAAGCCGCGCUGCCCGGAGCGAUGUGAUAUAGAGCGGGAGGCUCAUAUACCGCAGGUGAGAACGAGCGAGUGCUCGGGUGGUGCUCAAUGCGAGUUACCUGGCGGGUGGCGCUGUACUUGGGGUUGGGAGCGGGAACACGUCACCAGUAGCCGACCGGGAACUACAGGGAGAUGCAGAGGCACGGAAGAGAGGACCCGCACAGAUUACCCGUUGAAACGGACAAGAUGGAGAGCAGCAGCUUUAUUCAGUUUGAUGUGCCGGAGUACAGCAGUACAGUUUUAAGCCAACUCAAUGAAUUGCGUAUGCAAGGGAAGCUGUGUGACAUUAUUGUGCAUAUUCAGGGUCAACCAUUCAGAGCCCACAAAGCUGUUCUGGCUGCAAGCUCUCCUUAUUUCCGAGAUCAUUCAGCACUAAAUACCAUGAGUGGCUUAUCUAUAUCUGUUAUAAAGAACCCCAACGUCUUUGAACAGUUGCUUUCCUUUUGCUACACUGGAAGGAUGUCUGUACAGCUUAAGGAUGUUGUUAGCUUCCUAACGGCAGCCAGCUUUCUUCAAAUGCAAUGCGUCAUUGACAAAUGCACGCAGAUAUUAGAGAGCAUACACUCGAAAAUUAGUGUAGUUGGUGUUGAUUCUGUCCCGGGCAGUAGUGAGGACGUGCCAGGUAAUCAAAACGGUGUUAAAGAUGACAGCUACUUUGCCAAUCCAGUAGAGAUAUCGCCUCCAUAUUGUGGGCAAGUACGACAAUCGAUUGUAGGCAACGACUUGAAGAUUGAAACCCUACAAAACAAAGCUCUGCGUAAUCGCUCACAAGAAGAAGGUCAUUCUGACCGGGGAAGCAGUGGCAGCGCAUCCGAACACGAGAUACAAAUAGAAGGCGAUUCUGAACAAGGAGAAUUGAUCAGGGAAAGCCAAGCAGUUGAGAGAAAAGUUAAAACAGAGAAAUCUGACAGACCCAGUUGCUCUGAUAGCUCUUCUGUGGGUGAUGACGGUUACCACACAGAACUAGUGGACGGCGAGCAGGUGGUGGCAGUGAACGUAGGUCCUUAUGGGUCUGUACUUCAGCAUGCAUAUUCAUAUUCACAAGCGUCUUCCCAAAACACUGGCCUUUCUGAGUCCUUCGGAAGUGUGAGCAACUCAAGCCCCACUAGAUCAAUGCUCAGUUGUUAUCGAGGAGGCCGUGUACGUCAGAAGAGAGUUUCACAUUUAACUGGGGAGGUACAAAAUGUGAUACAAGGCAGCGAAAAUGAAAAUGUGGUGAGCACACCAAGUUUUGAAAGUAGUCCACGAGAGAGGUCCACCAGGGGCUACUGGCAUCCGUACAACGAAAGACUUGUCUGUAUAUACUGCGGGAAGACUUUCAACCAGAAAGGAAGUCUUGACAGACAUAUGCGGCUGCACAUGGGAAUCACCCCUUUUGUGUGCAAGUUUUGCGGGAAGAAAUACACACGCAAAGACCAGCUAGAAUAUCACAUACGAGGUCACACAGAUGAUAAGCCUUUUAGAUGCGAGGUCUGUGGCAAGUGCUUUCCUUUCCAAGGAACUUUAAAUCAGCAUUUAAGAAAAAACCAUCCUGGUGUGGCAGAAGCAAGGAGCAGAAUAGAUUCCCCAGAAAGAACGGAAAGCUAUACGGAACAAAAAGAUAAAGAUACUUCUGCAUCUGAGGCAAAUUUGGACACUAGCAUUGAAAUCCACACAGUGUCUACUAGCCCCGAAUAGCAUCCCAUGCACUGGGCAUACUGUAUAAAGCACAUUUAUCACAUUAAUCAAUGCAUAUUUUUUAUGAUUUGCUUCCCCCCCCCCCCCCCAUAUCUCUUCAGUACAGAAAAUUUUCUUUCUUUUUUUUUUUCUUUUUUUUGCAAAUGCAUUUUGGUAGUAUGAGAACUUUCUAAAAUAAGUAGGUGACACUAAGUUUAUUUUGUGUUUGACUUAUUUUAUUUUUAUUUUGCCCUUGGCUUUUCUAAGGAGACCAGGGUACUAUUGAACUCCUGAGAAAGUGUAAUAUUUAAAAGGGCAAAAAAGGUUGUGUUUUUAUUUAAAGGAGAGCCUAUAAAAUACAUACGUUUUUACAGUCAACUGUUCUGCCAAGUUUAUGAAAAAGGGAAAAUGUGGCCUUUAUUCAUUGAAACAAUAUAUAUAUUUAUUACACAAUUUAGUACAGUGUUUCUUUGCCCUUGCAUACCUCUGUAUGCCAUAGUUUUUCUAUUUUCCCUGUGUUUGAGAGGCGUAAAGCUAUAGAGCAUAUACAUUUUAAAAAUUGGAAUUGGGAGUUAAUCUACAUCUGUUUCUGAUAUCCAACUGUUGUUGCAAAAUGUCUUAUUUUUAUAUAUAUAUUAAUUGCUAGUCGGGACAUGCAACUAAACUGUGAAUGCACAAGAA